UUACAAUCACAUGGGUUCUGUGGUUUCAACAGAUCAAAGUGACAGUGACGGUAGAAAAACAUUCCUUGAAUAAUUUUGAUUUUCAUUCCAUAUGUUUUGAAAAACUUUAAAAGAACCAUGACAUCAGUAGACGAAUUAAGACAAAAAAUUGCUGAACUAGAAGCAAAACUCGCUAACGUUUCUAAAAAGAAUGCACCUAGACGUGAAAAAAUCGUUACUAUUUCAUCUGAUGUUCUUGAUUCAAAUCCCUACAGUCGAUUAAUGGCUUUAAAGCGAAUGGGAAUAGUCAAUAAUUAUGAGCAAAUCAGAGAAUUUACGGUAGCGGUUGUCGGUGUCGGGGGCGUAGGAAGUGUAACAGCAGAAAUGUUAACUCGUUGCGGCAUUGGACGACUUUUAUUAUUUGACUAUGAUAAAGUGGAAUUAGCAAAUAUGAAUAGGUUAUUUUUUCAACCACAUCAGUCAGGUUUAAGUAAAGUACAGGCAGCUGCUGAAACGUUAAUAAAUAUCAAUCCCGAUGUUGAUAUUCAUACAUACAAUUACAACAUUACAACAGUGGAGAAUUUUGAUAAUUUUGUCAAAACUUUAACUACUUCAAGUUUAACAAAUGGUCCUGUCGAUUUAGUUUUAAGUUGUGUAGACAACUUUGAAGCAAGGUUUACCAUAAAUACUGCUUGCAAUGAAUUCAACCUGAAUUGGUUUGAAUCAGGAGUUUCAGAAAAUGCUGUGUCUGGCCAUAUUCAAUUUUUAGCACCAGGGGAAACAGCUUGUUUUGCUUGUGCUCCUCCAUUAAUUGUUGCAUCUAAUAUUGAUGAAAAGACUCUUAAAAGAGAUGGUGUAUGUGCUGCCAGUCUUCCCACUACAAUGGGUAUAAUAGCAGGAUUUUUAGUUCAAAAUACACUAAAGUAUCUGCUGCAAUUUGGCCAAGUAACAAAUUAUUUAGGGUAUAAUGCACUCAAUGAUUUUUUUCCUACAAUGAGCCUACGCCCUAAUCCAAAUUGUGAAGACAGUAACUGUAGGUUACGGCAAGCAGAAUUUUUGGCCAAACCAAGGCCUGAGCAAGCUCAAGAGGCUGUUGAAGAUGUGGGGCCCAUACAUGAAUCAAAUGAAUAUGGUAUUUCUUUGAUAGAUGAAAGUAAAGACGAAAAAGAAAAUAUAGCUGUCGCUGAAGGGUUAGCUCUAGCUUAUACUGUACCUGGUGUGCCAGAUACAAUUCCUUUGGAACAAGCUCAAGAAGCCACUAACAGUGAUGAUGUUAGCUUAGAAGAAUUAAUGAAGCAAAUGAAAGCUAUAUAAAGCUUUGUUUCUUAAAAGUAUUAUUAGGUAACUCAUUUUAUAUGUAUUUUUUCUGUUAAAUUUUAACUAUAUGUUGUUGCUUUUAUUAAAUCUUUUUAUAUAUUGAAAUAUUAAAAAAAAAAA